AUGACAAAUUUAUUAGUUUUCUUUAUCUUUUCUUGUAUCAUUCCUAAAUGUCUUGCGGAUAUAACUGGUACGCAUUAUUUGGAUACAGUCAAUUGUUCAUCAUCUUCAUUAUAUGUUCCUCAAGGUCCUUACCUAAUUAGUCAUCAUUGGCCUUUUACAUCGAUUACUAUCCAAUAUGAAAAACAAAUAACUAGAGGUACAUGCUAUCGUGAUGGUUCUAUUUAUUUUGUUCUCAAUAAUAAUAAGGUAUGUUCAGGACUUUAUUUUGGUGGACAAGCAAGACUUUUAUGUCGAUAUGAAAAUGAGGAUUAUUGUGUGAUUCAUAUGAAAACAGCUGAUGGUAGUCGAUUAACGUGUGAUGGUUCGAAAAUACAAACAAUAACAAAUAAAUCAAUUGUAUUUAUUCUUUUCAUACUUUUUUUAUUUAAUUAA